CUUCAGCAGACGGACGGUUUAGAGCAGCAGCAGAUUUUUCUUGUUUUUGCAGGAAUAAAGAAAAAUGGCAGCGAAUAAAAAGCGUAAGAGCGAUCAUUUGGUCUUUCACGACCUCAGCGUCCUCACGCCCAGCGAGCAGAAGGACGAGGACCUGGAGUCCCGCUGUCGGGAGGUCACCGCACACGUGAGAGCGAGAUGGGGAACCGACAGAUUGACCAGAGAGGAGAUGGAGGUGAUCCACAGAGAGGUGGCGCUUCAGAUGGAGAAGGAAAAGCUGAGGCUCAUCCUGGAACGGAGGGAGACGGAGCUGAUGAGCUGGGUGGAGAACAAAUGGAGGAGCGCCAUGGAAAGGAUCAGAAGCCUCCAAAGAAGCAACCGGUACAGAGAGGCGACUCCGUGUCCCCGGGACGCCCAGAUACGAGACACGUAUCAUCCGGCAGAGGACAGGAACCGAGACAAAGAGCUCAGAAACAUGGAGAAAAACGUGAGGGAGCUCCAGGAGAAGAUGGAGACGUUUCUGUCUCGGAUGGGUUCCAACACUAAUACAAAGAAGGAGACGGAAAAAUCCCAACUGGAAGCCCGUCUGAGGCUCCUCGAGGAGCAGCUCCAGGAGGUGAAGCUCAGUAAAGCCGAGGAGCUGCGGAGGGCUUUUAAUGGCGGGCAAUCAGAAACGCUGGCAGAACUCAAGAGUCUCCGUGAGAAGCUGCAGCGAGAGAUGGAGGAGAAAGAAGAACUGAUGGAGGAGAAUAAACGACUGAGAGAGAUGAACAGGAGGCUGCUGGAGAAACACCAGGAGCUGAAGAGCAAAAUAAAAGAAAUGAAGAAAGCCAGGGUGGUGCGUGAGGAACCCACCGCCAUGGCACGGCAAGAACUGGACGUCCCGGGGGGGACGGAGGUGAAAGAAAGAAAGAAGCAAAGGGAGGCCGAGAUGAAGCAUAAGAUGAAGCAGAAGAUGAAGAGCGAGGCUGAGAGAGAACGUCUGAGACACAGAGAGAUGGACGAUGAGAGAAAUGAGGAGUUGAAAAGGCUGGAGAAGAAGCUGGAUCAGAGACAGAAAGAAAUGGAGAGAGAAAGACAGAAGCAGGAUGAGAUGGAAAAAGAGAGGCAGGAGAAGUUGAGGAAGAUGGACGAGGAGAGAAAGACGGAGGAGGAACGGACACGACAAAGAGAGGAGGAAACGACGAGAGACAGAAGACGAAAAGAAGACGAGAGAAAAAUGGAAGAGAUGAAGCAGAAGAUGGAGGAAGAGUUUGAAGAGAAGCAGAGAGAGAUUGAAAGAGAGAAAGAGGAGACGUUUAAGAAGGUGAAGAUGGAGUUUGAGGAAAGAAAGAAAGAUGUGGAGGAGGAACGACAGAGACAGACUGAGAUCGAAAAAGGCGAAAGAAAGAAGCAAAACGAGAGAGAAAUGAUGAAAGACGUAAGACGUGAUGAAGCAGAGAAGCAGAAGAACACUGAAAGAGACGGAAUAGGACAGAAAGAGACGUUGAGCGAGGUAAAGAAGUCUGAAGAGAAGCCAAAAGAACUGCAGAACGAGCAAAGAAACCAGCAGAAGAAAGAGAACAUGACAGACGACAAUGAGUGGAGAUACUGGAUAAAAAAUCCAGAAGAAUGGAAGAAGAAACAGAGAGAGGAGGAGAUCAGGAAGGAGGAUGAGAAGAUGAAAGCUCUGGAGGAGAAGUGGGAGGAACAGGCCAAACAUCUCAACAACGACCACGAGACCUUUCUCCAAAAAGAACGACUCAAGAAACAGAGAGAGGAAGAGAAACGCCGACAAGAGCUGACGAGAAAAUACCAGGAAAAGGCGGCCGAGGCCGAGAGGAGAGAGGCGGACGAGAGGAGGAGGAGGCAGGAGGAACUCACGAUGAGACUGUGGAACGGGAGCAUAGAGCACAGAAAGGUAGAGGAGAGGAGAAAGGCAGAGAUGGAACGAGCAGAACUGGAGAGAAAGAUCGAAGAACAGAGAAAAGAACAGGAGAGAAGAGAACAGGAGAGAAGAGAACAGGAGAGAAAGAAGGAAGAAGAAAGAAAGGCGGAGAUCAUGAGAAAAGAACAGGAGAGAAGAGAACAGGAGAGAAGAGAACAGGAGAGAAAGAAGGAAGAAGAACGAAGGGUGGAGAUGGAACGAGCAGAACUGGUGAGAAAGAUUGAAGAACAGAGGAGAAAGGUGGAGAUUGAGAGAAAGAAGCAGGAGGAGCAGAUGAGAAACGCUGAAGCCAAACGUUCAGAGCAGAAGAAUGUGAAGCCGUCGAUGUGGAAGAAGCUGAAAAGCUUCUUCAACUGAAGGAAGCACUUCGUCCAGUUCAGGAACAUCUCAGACGUCUCCGUCUUCAUCCAACGUUCUAUCAAUAAAGCUCCUCAGUCCCAAAGGUCUCCAUCAUCAUCCAGUGUUCCUCAUCUCAAAGAUCUCCACCUGUUUUCCAUCAGUAAAGCUCCUCGUCUCAAACCCCUCCUACUUCAACCUAUUUUUAAUCAUUAAAUCUCUUGAUCAUCA